GCGGGGGUUUCCACGCGUGCGCAGUGCGGGCCGGAGUCGGGGGAAUAUGGCGGAAGCUCCGGUGGAGGAGAGCGUGAGCCCAAUCCUGUUACCAGGCACCGGCUCGGUAGCAACCGGCCUCCUGAGCCAACUUCAAGCAACAUCCUGGGACCCGACACUCAGCACGGACUGGGAUAGCGAGAAGCCCUCACAGCCCUGUCUGCUCCGCAUCAAAAGGGAUAUCAUGUCUAUUUACAAAGAACCUCCGCCAGGGAUGUUUGUUGUCCCAGACCCACAAGAUAUGACUAAGAUUCACGCACUAAUUACAGGACCCUUUGAUACACCUUACGAAGGAGGGUUUUUCCUUUUUCUCUUUCGCUGUCCUCCUGACUAUCCAAUCCAUCCACCAAGGGUCAAGCUCAUGACAACUGGAAACAACACAGUGCGGUUUAACCCAAACUUCUACCGGAAUGGCAAAGUUUGCCUCAGCAUCCUUGGCACGUGGACAGGGCCUGCCUGGAGCCCAGCCCAAAGCAUCUCUUCUGUACUCAUAUCCAUUCAGUCCCUUAUGACUGAGAACCCAUAUCACAAUGAACCAGGUUUUGAACAGGAGAGGCAUCCUGGAGAUAGUAAAAAUUACAACGAAUGCAUAAGGCAUGAAUCCAUCAGAGUAGCUGUUUGCGACAUGUUAGAUGGCAAGUGUCUGUGUCCUGAUGCACUAAGAAGUGUGAUGGAGAAAUCUUUCCUGGAAUUCUAUGAUUUCUAUGAACUGUCUUGUAAGGACCGACUUCAUCUACAGGGACAAACCAUGCAGGAUCCUUUUGGGGAGAGGCGAGGUCAUUUUGAUUACCAGACCUUACUGAAUCGCCUGCAAGCCAUAAGACAGAGGUUGAAAAAGAAAAAUGAAGAAGAAGCAAUAGAGGCAGACUCUGACAGCAGCUCUUCAGGAACCGAACAAGACAGUCAAGGCACUUCUCACCCUUAGAAUACGAACACUGGGACAGCCCGUGUAUGUAAUGGUGAGGAUCCAGGGAAGCUGGGCUAAAGCUCAGGCAUCCAGGAGUGAGACCUCUCACGUGGUUUUGUAUAUAGACCAAGGAUCUGGUAUCUUUGUGGAAGCCUGUUUUUUACUCAGCUUUGGCUUUGUAAUGGUAAAAGGAGAGAAUUGGCUUGGGUAAGAAUCUCUUGAUUAUAAUUUUUUAAAGUUUUAGCUCUCCAAUCUAUACUUAUUUUUUUGCAGGGCAAUAUUUUCACUGUAAAACAUUGCUCUGUAAUGUCCAUUGUUACCCACAAGGUUUAGCCUCUUGCUUCAUCAGUAUAGCCACCUGUAGGAGACAGUGUGGAUGUUUUUUUUUAAAUAUACUGAGAUCUAUAUGAGAACAUCUCUGGAGACGAUCUCUGGUAUGAUGAGACUGUUCAGGUAUUCAUGGAUUACAUGUCCAGUCGUCUUGCAACAGCACCAUACAAUGGGUAUUCUGAGGCUGGUGUCUGACAACUGUGUUUAAAUGUUAACUACAAAAUCCACAGAAUUAAUUUACUUCAUUUAACAAUGACAUUUCCUGAUAUGGUGUUGAAUCUGUUGCAAAUUGAUACAUGUACCUGUUUUAAUCCGUUCAAUCUUUCAAACAGAAUCCAACACACUUUUGUUAAAUGUGUGGCAAGUGACGGAAAAGCUGUUUACUUAAGGGCUGUUUCAUGUUUAAUUCAGAUGGGUCAAACAUGGAUUUUUUUCAUGUUUCUCUUUUGUGGAGGGUUUCUAUAAAUCUCACCAAGCAAGCCCUGUACUGAUCUAUGGCACCACAUAGCUGUAUUGAUACUGGAUUUCUCUUGUAGCAGAGUACCAACGUUAAAGGAAAAGUGACUGUCAUUAUAACCCCUUUUAUUGGCUUCCCAAAGAUGCAUAUAUUUUAGAGAGAGAUGUCUAUGUACUAUAUAAACCAGUCAUCCAUUUAGGAGAGACUUGAUCUGAUGUUCAAUCCACAAAUUGGCAAAUGUCCUGAGUUCAUCACAGUCUGCUCUAUUUGCAUGCAUGGUGGCUGAAAACUUUGCACAUUGGUAAUCUGUUCUGAAAUCUGUUGCCCCUGUUAGAAAGCUUGUAAGGGGAUGUUGAGCUGUAGAAAAUAAAUGGGGACAUGAUGAAAAUUCAACUAAGUGCAACUUGGAUUACCAGAGAGAAAUAUCUGCUAAAAAUAUCCUCUUGACCAGUUGUCUCAAAGUCUUUGUUGUAUGGAUAGGGCAGAGGUUUGGAGGUGAUUUCUGGUCAUAGCAAGUGCACCUCUGGUUGGUCAAAGCACUGUUCAAAUUUGUUUAAGUAACUUCAGUAUUGAGGUAAAUAUAAAUCUUUUUUCCAAUAGUUUUCUGUGCAUACUGUAUCAAUGUGUCUUUGCUCCCCCUACUCUUUGACUUCAUCACUGCGUUCUGAGCAUUCCUUCUGCUCUCCCAAAUGCAGGUUCAGAUAUAGUCCAAGAGGCUGCAAAGGUGCAAUUUUUAUAGCUUCAGUCUGAUCUAAUCUUUCCGACCUGUUUGACUUCUAAUCCAUUGAGGAUUUGCUGGUCAGGUGAAUGAUAUAAAAUUGUUUGUGAUCACAGAUAAAAUUUUAAAAUGUGACUCUGGAUUCUGCUUGGACAAAACCUGAUGUCAUCAUAAAUAAUUCUUAGUACUACUCUUAAAGAUUUAAUGAACCCCCCCCCCCCAACUUCCUUUAUAAAGGAGAGUGUUUUUAGAAGCUGUUAAUUUUUAAAACAAAUUUUGUAAGCCUUCCUUUGAUGACUCCCAGGAGGACAGCCUGAUUUUGCUUUCUGUCUGUUCAAUGGAAGGCUGGAAAGCUGGACCAGUCAGUACGCUCUGACCUUAUCAUUUGACAGAAUAGCAGCUGUUGGGAUAUCUGAUGGAAGUGAAAUGCUGGUAAUCUGAAUUUGGGACAUUGUUGUUUCAUUCAGAGAUUCCAUUCAGUCCAUUGCAGCUUUGUCCCAGUUUCAAUUUUGUUUGUUUGUCCAAGGUUUAUGAAUACCAAUAGUUUCAAGAUCAUGCCUCCUCCAAUACAACAGGCAUGUUAUUGGAUCAAUUAGAUAUACGUGGAAAAGUUCAGAAAGUGGGGAAUCACUGACAGCAAAAUCCUCACCCUCCCUUGAUGAUGAAAAUUCCUGUUUUCUUCUUCCCUUACAUUGAAAGUCUCCCCAAAUCCUGCUCCCAGUUCCUCUGGCCAUGGUCCUGACAGCUAAAUCCCAAUUAACGUGGGAUACCUGGAACAUGGUACCUGAUGUAUUUGUGCUGUGAUGUGACUUUACAUUAUUCCCAUAACCCAGCUACUGUUACUUUAUUGUACAGUCAAACACGUUUUAAAGAAACCAUUUGAUACAAAGAUUGUAUGUAUGUGAAGCAGCUUGGUUCAGGGCGCUUCAUCCUGGGUGAACCAAACUACUAGAUAAGAAUUUCUUGCAGACAAGAGUAUUUCUCUUUUUUGCUCCCCCCCCAAAAAAAAACCCUGUCUGCUGAACAUACUGUACAUAUUGCAGCCAUGAGACUGUUAUGUGUUGUGGCUACCCUUGUGAGAUGUUUCAGAAGAUACAAAUGAGAGUGACUGAUCUCAUCACCUCAUUUCCACUGAUGCAAUUUACAGCAAGUUCAGAGACACCUCAGUUAACCCCCUGUCUUUCAUGUUACUUGACCUGUGCCGGAGACAUUGUUUAUUUAGAGUUAAGGAAAGUCACUGAUUUUUGGUUUUUUUGCUUCUGAGGUGUUAACAGUUAAACAGCUCCCAACUCUUGCAACUUAUGAUCUAAAGCAAAAUAUUGCCAUUGGUCAAGUAAUCUAAAAUAAAUUUUGAAAUAAUUCAGCCCAAGCCAUUGACUUAGAAGUAGUAAUAAUGGCUUUAAAUUUCCUGUCUUUUAAUAAGUUGAGUAACUGUUACACCUUGUUUAUGUUUCUGGAACCUCCUUAAUUGCAUUAUUGCUUUUAAUGUUUUUUAAAAAAAAGUUUAACCCGUUGCUACCCAGAUUAGAGCAAUGGGUUUAUUCAUCUCUUAAGUACUUGGCAGUUUUCUAAUGCCAGAUUCUAUUAAUGAUGAAUAGCCCAUUUGUUACCAUGUCAAAGUGGUGCCAUCAUUCACUCACAAGCCAUGUGAAAAUACUAAUAAUUGAGCAAUUCUGUGCAAUGUCUGGUGGAAACUGUAAAGAUUUUUCUUGUGUGUAAAUAGUCUAAACAUUUGGUUCCCUUUUCAUGGAAUUGAAUAAACAUUUACUUUCAAUAUUUCAGCACAGUUAGCUGAAAAAGUAUUCUCAGGCCUUGGAGUAGAGUGAGAUACAACCUAGUGCUGGGUGUUUAGCUGCUGCUUUGUAUAUUGAUGUUAUAAGCCAUCUCUGCACAUCUUGUGAUUGCAUUGCAAAAGUAAACAGUGGAACUUUUUUCAGGUUGAAUUGUAACUCAGUGUAUUACUGGAGAGAAUUUGUGAUGGAGUUGCUGAUGAGCUACCUGCGAAAUUUCUCAUUUACAACUUCUCAUUCCACUGACCUUGCUUUUUGACACAGCGCUGGGACAGUCACUGACCAGUGUUAAUUAUAAGGUGAUCUUGGUGCUAUAGUUGGUCUCAACAUCCCUUUCUCCUGCCUGGAAUUGGAACCAACAGGACAAUGGUUCUGAUCCUGGAGCAGUCUGCAUUGAUGGAACAUGAACAUCAUUGUAAGUACAGAGAUUGGGUGCAGCUACAAAACCCAAAGUAAAUCGAGUAUGAGACCUUAUUGAGGAAUUGCAUACAGGUAAGGAACAGGGGCAAACGGAGGAACUACCAGCAAGAGAUCACUCAGCCCUGUUAGAUAUCUCCAGUUGAAGGAUAUCACUUACCAUAUAGUAUCAUACAGAUCAAGCUUAUCAUUGGCUUCCUAACCACAAAAUUUCAGGUUAUCCAAAUGGGACAGACGGUUUCUAUGUUUGGCACCUAUGUUCAUCACUUGAUCAUAAAGAAUGAGAUUUGAAUCCUUUGUUAUGGGGUUACUUGGUGAUCAGUAUUACACUUACUGCCAUCUUUGACAAUGAUUCUAAACUUGCCUUGAGUGUUUACUCAAAAUAAUGCAAGUUUAUUCUACAGGCAUCCAUAAAUGUAUAAUAACCUUGAAUAUGUUGAUAAUAGAAUCCUAGUUCAAUCUAAAGAUUGUGGCAGAUAACUUGAAAGUGUGCAUAUUGAGAGUUACCAAAAUUUCUUUCUCUGUCACUGAUAAUCUCCCACUAAUCUAAAAUGGUUUGAUUAGCUCCCCUGUGCAGUUGAGUUGGUGAAUGUGCUUGCCACUGCAGCGCUCAUCAUAAAAACCAGAGCUGUCACCAAUCCAAUUCCUCAGUGUAGCAAGUUUGCUAAUACCAGUGCAACAUUUAGACUGCUUUUGUUGACCUCAGCAUUUGUGGGCAAAUUGUAGGUGUAAAAAUCAGCCACUGUUUCUGCCCUGACCGGUGUUCAGAAGCCUUUGCUGGAAUAUGCACACUUGUUGAAUUACAGUCAGGUUAAGAUGUGAUACACUCCAUAGUCAAGCAGUGUACAGUUUGCUCAUUAAGAAAGACAUUUUAGGGAUGGUACAAAAGGACCGUCUGCUUUUGGCAACCAUAUCAGCAAAAGUUUGUUGCUUUCAAGAUGAGGGUGGGGAGGAUUGAGUGCAUGUUUUACAAAAUAAAUGUAAAUUCCCUAAAAUGAAGCCACAUCAGAGAUUACAUCUAUAUUUGUGAUGCUUCAUAAUCAGUGUUAAACAAAACACUCCAAUUAAUGGCAAAGGCUCAUGUAGGUUUUCCCUUAAAUGUAUAAAUAUAUACAGAUUUUAAAAAUUGCUUGUUAUUUCAGAUUUUGGAUUCUUGUGUUACAUUCCUGAUUGGGCACCCCUAAGAGUUUGAACUGAUGUCAGAUCACUUUAGCAGCCCCAUUUGCAAUUUCAGUUAGGAUGAUAGCCACUAUUUUAAGGCAAAUUCACAUUUUCAUUAAUGCCAUCACAAGACCUGUUUUGCAAUUUAUUUUUAAUCUUAUAAUUACAAUGUAUUGUCACCAUUCGGGCUUCCAACCACGUACAAUGAAACAGAAAGAUCGUCCAGUAAAGGAACACAGGGAUAUGAGAUCACUUCCAUUUGGUAACCUAGUUUAUGUUACAUAUAUCUAAAUCCAAGCUUGUUGCAACACAGCAGAAUCCCUUUCACAGUUAAUGUCAUCUGCAAUAGAAAUGGUUUACUACACCCAGAACAGUUCUUCAUUUAAUUUAUUUACUGACUUACGUUCAGAAUUGAACCAGCUCUGUUUCCUGCUUUCAAACAAUGUUUGUCCUUUCAAUCUGAAACCAAGUAUGCCUUAAAACAAGUUCUCCCCCCCCCGCACCGCCCCGCACCGCAAAGUCCUGUUGCUAUGUUGGAACAAGUGUAUUUAACAAGAUCCAUUUUUAUAUGAUUGGUUAGAUAUUCAAUUACUCGACCAGUUCCAUGGAAUUCUAAUGAUUUCUAAGGAUUCUUGCACUGCCAUGACAGGAUAAAAAAAUUGUACUCCAGUUUUUACUGAAUUGUGAUUGAGGGUGGUUGAUCCAUUCAUUUUGAGGAAACAGCUUAUCAAACAGGAAUUUUAUUUUACUUCAAAUGCAUUGAAGGAAGUAUUUAGAAAGCAGGAUGCAGGUCAGUUACGCUUGUAACUAAAAGGCUUGGAGUAUUGUCCAUGGACAUGCAACAUCUUUUGCAGGGUAACCAGCACUACAUUGGAAGGACUUAACCUUAGAAGCCUGAUAUUCAAUAGAAUCUUAAGCCUAGGGGUUACAGUGGAAGAGAAAGUUGAAAGAGUCAACAGCUAUGGUCUGUGGUGUAUCCAUCAAGCUAAUGUCAAAACAUAUUGGUCAGAACUUAAUCCAUUACCUACAACCUGCUGCGUUAUUUUUUUUAAAUCUAUAAUUGAACUGCUGCAAUUUACCCAGGGGAGAGACAUUCAGUAUAUCAGUUAUCUGUUCUGCGUUUAAUAUUGUUGAUGGUAACAUGUUUGUUUCACUUUUGGGCCUCACCUUAAACUUGGCUGCACAAUUAUUUCCGAUUCCCAUGCCAGGCAAAACAUUGACAUAGGGUAAUAUUCCCAAGGCCAGAGAUGAUGGGAGUACAAUGAGGAUUAAAGCUGCUUAAAGCAGCAUUUCAGAGAAGAGCAAUUUGCCUAGAGCUGUGAAGUAUAGUUAAUGUGAGAAAUGUUUCUUGUUUAAAAGGUAUGCUCAUUUUUUGAAAGGCCUGGUAAUCCGAGCUCCUUCCACAACCAUCAUGACAUGUUUCAGUUAGAUUGCUGAGGCACUUCCUCCAUCCCUCAGCACAGUAUUCAUUGCCAUCCAUUGGCAAACUGAUAAACACCCCUCUCUACUAUGUACCACUGAGACAUUACCUUUCACUUCUAUACUCAGGUACAGAAACUUCAUUAUAAUGUUUUCCAACAUUCAGUAUCUGCUCCAUCUUCGGAUGUAAAAGUAAGAUGUCACUGGACCAUAUGGAGCAGAAUAUUCUCUGUCACGCAUGGUUUGAGUGGAGUUACUGGCAAUUGGCCUCAGUUCUCAGCUUGCCUUUCCAUCUCCAGUCGCUCUCUGGCAUUUCUUGUGGGAAAAGUGCUUGUGUAUCAGGCAGUCUCAAACCAGUGACUCAUGAUGUUCUUUGUCAAACACAAUGCUAGUAUUGAAGGUUAAGCAGUGGUCGUUUGCAGGAGGUACUGGAUAUGGACUGUGGUAUCUUUGACUUACACCUCAACGUAAGAAAAAGACAAUAUUGCAUGAGGUGAGAGUUUGUGUAAAAAACAGCUCCUUUUGGAAAUUUAAAAAGUGUGUCUUUUCACUGCCUUGGUUUCUCAUGUUACUUACACCUCAGUUAUGAUGCCUUACAAGAUAAACAAUCUGGGUAUUGGGGAGUGUCUUCUGACAAGGGCCUCCCAUACCUGUUAAGUGAUAAUUCAUUCACCCGCUGGUUUGGACACCUCUGAAAUGGAUAUAAUUUUCUAUUGGAUUACUUGCUGUGGAUUAUAUACACAUCUAUUAGCUCGCUGGUACUUCAUUUCAAGGUAACAAGAGUGAAGGUAAAACCCCAUUGAAUUGCCAAUCUGGUACUGCUGGUUGGGUUCAGCUAUGACACCAAUUUAAUAGAUGCACGUGGUUAAAGAUUGUCUAAUCAUGGUUAACAACUAAUAUGCAAACUAGGAAAAAGCACUGAUGUUUAUAUUGUUUCAUAUUGUAUAUAAGUGACAAUUCAAAUUUUUGGUGCAAUAAAAUUUGCUGAUGACAAAAUCUA